AUGCCAGGUGCCCAUUGGGCCUCAGACCUUGCAAAUUAUGAGAUGUCUCAAUCAGGAAAUCGAAACCUCUUGGUCCUUGUGGAUAUGUGUACACGAUUCUGUAUACUACGCCCCAUACCUAAUAAAGAGGCCGAAACGAUUGUCAAGACAUUAGUACAGGUGUUCUGUGACUUUGGGUUACCACGUGCAAUACAAUCAGAUAAUGGCAAGGAAUUUGUCAAUAACGUGAUGAAGCGUUUUGCUAGAGCAUCAGGAUUUGAACACCGUUUGGUCGUACCAUAUCACCCCAAAGCUAAUGGUUCUGCGGAAAGAUGCGUCCAAAAAGCUACGCUGUCUAUCAAAAAAAUGCUUGAAGGCGCCACAUUUGAGUGGGAUCAUUACGUGCCAGCAGUACAACUCGCAUUGAAUGCAAACGUUACGGCACGUCACAAAACGCCUCCAUUCACACUCAUGUUUGCAAGAAAGAUAAACGAUUUCAAAGAUUACCGCAACGACGCAGAAGCAAAACCUAUGUCAGAGGAGAUGCUAAAGAAGCGCGUUGAUGAGAUGAGAAACAUCGUGUUUCCAGCAAUACAUGAAAGGACAAAGACAGUGACUAAGCAACAAGAGUUGCAAUUCAAUAACACGCAAAAAAUAAUGGAAUAUGAGAUCGGUGAUUUCGUAAUCGCUCGGGAACCAGAGUUGACUGGCAAGUUUAACCCGACCUAUAAGGGUCCGUAUAAGAUCAUAAAUAAGACUCAAGCACCCUCCUAUGUCUUACAAGAUUAUGAAGGAAGAGUGUUGCCACGCAACUAUCCACCAGAGCAAUUGAAGCUCGUACGAGUCAUGCAAGAGAUCCCAGCUGAUGAAAUUUAUGAACUCGAAAACAUCGUUGAUCAUAAGAGAAUUUCAGCGAUCCCACCAUAA